AUGCACACAUACACUUGCACUUUGACAGCUGAUGAAAUCAGCUGUUCUCGCGUUCUCAAAUCUUGCAGUUCAUGAAAAUAUGAUUAAAAUACAGCCUAGACAUUUAAAAAACCUGAAAAACGUUGGCUUUAAUCUGCUGUCCACCCGGAAUUUGCACUAUGUUCAGGGACAGUCGCCAGAGCCGAAAAUACGCGAAUAUUUCUACUACAUUGAUCAUGAGGGAAUGCUCUUCUUGGACGAUGCUAGGAUGAAGAACUUUACCAGUUGCUUCAAGGAGAAGGCUUUCCUUAAGUUUUUCUUCUCUCGUCUACGUCUGAACAAAACGCAGCGAUACCUCAGCGACUUCCCCUACAUCUCACUGUGCGGAAGGGAACGCAACUUUAUACGAUGCGACGACACGCCGCUCGUAUUCACUGAACAAUUGAAGAAGACAGACGGCGGCGAGGAAGUUCUGGGCUAUGCCCAUGCAGGCCAAGUUCUAACAUUACCCUUUGAACCGCAUAAAUUGUAUAUGGAUCCCAAGAAUGGACGGGUUUAUCAUCCAGCCACGCCACAAGUGGGUGGUAUUGGCCUGGUACGCUCCAAAUUGGCCAUUGAACUCAGCCAACACUUUGAGUUUCCAGCCGGAGACGCGUCUCCGACACAUUUCAAAUGGCACGGCGAGCGAUUGAAGCUGGAAAACGAUUGGGUUACCGGAACUCAACGGUUUCCCAUGAGCGAGGAGUGUCAGUAGCUGAAUAGUGUAACAUUAAACUUUAAUGGAAUAUAAUUGAGACAACAUUUUAACUACUA